AUGAGUAUGAUUGAAGAGAGUGAAAUAAAUUAUAUUAAUAAUUAUAAUUUAUUUUAUAGUAGUGUUUUAAUUAUAGGAGCUGGACCUGCUGGUAUCCUUAAUACAAAAUACAUAUCAUAAAACAAUAAUGUCCUAUGUGUAGAUGGUAAGAGUAGCUUUGGUGGACUAUGGAAGUUUGAAGAUCUAAACGAGUUUAACCAUCCUUCUAUUCACACAGAUGCUUUCUACAACUCUUAUGGUCAUCUGUAAAGCUCCCUCUACGAGGAUCUUUAAUGCAAUGGGUGUAAGGUUGAUAUGUGCUUCAAAGGCUAGUCUUAUAACAGAGAAUAUGAAGAAUUCAUAAAAAGUGAACAGUUCUAUGAGUAUAUGUAAACUUAUGUAAAAAAGAAUAACAUCUAAAGAUUUAUGGCAUUUAAUACCUUUGUUGAAUCUGUUAGAUUAACAAAAAACCUGACUGAGCAAGAAAAAUAAUCUCUUAACUUUGAGCCAAAAAAACGUUUUGUUAUUGAAUUAGUUUAAUCGAAUGAUUUUAACUUAAACAGAAGGUUUUUACAAGCAGAUUAUGUAAUUGUAUGCACUGGCCAUUAUUCAGUUCCUAAUUAUCCCACAAUUCCAGAUCAACACAUUUUCAGUGGUGAUAUUAUUCAUGCACAUAACUUUAGAAAGUUUAAGAUAUCUCAAUAUGCUAAUCAUCAUCUAGUCAUUUAUGGGGCUGCUCUUUCUUCAUAAGACAUAGUUUUGAUUCUCUUAAGAAAAUCAGGAAAUCUCAGACCAUCAAAAAUAACAGUAAUCGGAGAUAAGACCUUAAUAGAACCUUGCUAAAAAUCUGAAGCCUAUUCAUCAGAAAUAGCACAAGGAAGACUUGUCUACAAAAGUGGAUAUAUAGCUAAAUACAAUUCAUCUAAUUCUCUGGUACUUGAUAACGGAGAAAUAAUUGAAAACGUAGAUUUUGUUUUGUAUGCAACUGGAUACUAGUACUCUUAUCCUUUCCUUGAAAAGAAUAAUAGUGUUGAUAACUUAAUUUAGUUUUACAAUCAAAGAAAGAACUCGUUUGGACCUCUUUAUAGAAGAAUGUUUGCAAUCAAUGAACCAAAUCUCAUUUUUAUUGGAACAGUCUAAACUGUAUACUAACUCUAAGCUUGCCUUGAAAGAUAAGCCAUAAUAGCAUCUAGGUAUAUUGACAAACUAAUUUAGCUUCCUGAUUAAAAGGAAAUGGAAAAGUCUUUCUAACAAGAUUUUGAAGAAGCUAAAAAGCUGAAUCAAGAUGGAAGAUAUUACUUGAGGACAUCUGAAAAUGAAAAUGGGUUCACUGAUUAAAAGUACACGUAAUAGCUUUAGGAAUUAGCCCAAGUACCAUUUGAUGAAGAAUUCAUAAAGAUCCAUAAUGAAAUUAUUGCACCUCGUUAUAACUAUAUAUUCAAGCAUGGUAAUUAUCCAAUACUAAAGCAAUAGGAUUUUAAAGAAGAUAUUAAUCCGGACUAUGCUCCAAAAGAAGGAUUAUUUUGA